GUGCGGAUAUCCGCGGCUCAAACCGCAUUUUCGGGUUUUGACUUGAAAGAAAUUCAUAAACAAAACAGAUUUGGUGCUGGCCCACUCGUUUGGAGUUGCGUGAAACAAAUCUGAUCGAAUACAACCCGUCCAUCACCAUCAUCUGCACGCCUCUCUCUUUUUGGUGGCUGUUAAACUAACGAAUCGGCGGCUGUCCUAUGAAGUUUGGGGACAAAAACUGCUUUCGAGUUUAUUCCUCGUACUGCAUAGAGCAUUAUUUCCUGUUUAAGGGUGGUACUUUUUAGUACCAAGGUUGGAUUUCUCAUUAAGUUCCAAUAAUCACUGGAGAUCAAUUGUGUUGAGCUUUCUGGCCACCUGAUGUUAAACUCCGUGUUAAAAUCAUGCAAGCAGAGCCGAGCAAGACCAAAUUUGAUGAAUUACACGCAGAGGCGCUUUCUUUGGCUGGUUGUAAUGAAAACCCACACGUAGCAAACUCUUGCAUUAGUUUUGUGAGGUUACUGGAUUCGAUCCCAGAACUUAUCCAGAAACUAGAUGGCUGGGGUGUUCUUUCCAUGGCAGCUAAUCUCCAGGUGGGUCCCUUCCGAGACCUUGAAAUUCUCUGUAUUCUGUUUGACUUCACGCGAGCAGUUUUGUCUUGGUUGGAAGGGCACCUUGAUUCGAAGGAUCAUACCAGCACUCUUGAUUUGCUUUUCCAAAAGAGGCAUUUUGUUUCUGCAUUUUCAGUUCUUCCGGAUGAAGUUCGUAGUCCAAAACUACAAGUUAGGGGACUAGGGAUUUGUUCUUUCUAUCUGCGCAAUAAACCUUUAGAAAACCCCGCUUUGCAAUCCUUGAAAAGCCCAAUUGAAGUUGCAGAACUGGAAGCGACACUAAAAGAAGCAGAGGCGGCCCUCAAAAUUGGAGGUGAUAAUAUGAAACAGCUGAGGCUUUCUAUAAUGGACUUGAAAAGCAGGCUUUGCAAGGCUGCAGAAUCACUUGAGGCGGUCUUCUUCUCCGCAGAACCGCAGUUGCCAAGCUUUUUGGUGAGAGCCCAUCUCAGAGAAGUAAUGCAGUCAUUCCUCGCCUUUCAAAGUUUCCCUAGCACAGUUCAAGACUCAAUUAUUGAAUCUGGAGAAAGCCUAUGCCCAAUUGGAUGUCGGAUAGCUAGACCGAUAGUGGAGAAGGUCGUCUUGGAGCUUUUGGAUCCAGUCGGACCUUUCAUAGUUGGCAUAUGCGGACCUCGAGGCAUUGGGAAAACCACUGUUGCAGCCUCUGUAGCUUCUGAUUCUAAAAUUAAGAGACGUUUUGUUGGAGGAGUUUUCUGGAUCCCUGCGGACCAAAGAAUUGCAGAUCCCAUGUCUCUGCAAUCAUGUCUUUGGAAGGCUGUCUCUGGAUCGAAAACUGUUUUCAAAUCUGUGGAUGAAGGUCUUACUGCACUUAAAGGGAAAUUCUUGAAUUGCCUUCCUUCCCUCUUGAUUGUGGAUGGUGCCUGGGAAGCAUCCCAAUUGGAAGGGCUCAUGUGUUUUGAUGGCAAGCAUCAAGGAAGGAUUAUUGUGGCUACCUCAAAUCCUCACAUCCUUCCAGCCACAGACACCCACAUCCAUACAUUGAGCUUUGUGAAAGAAGAAGAUGCAUCGGACUUGUUUCUGUGGGGUGCAGGAUUGAGUGACACUUCGACCUUGGAAGAAAAGGAAGUGGCAGCCAAGUUGGUGAAUAAGUGCAAGGGUUUACCCUUGUUCACUCAGGCUCUUUCAAGCACUUUAUAUCCAGGAUCAAUAGAGCAACGACAUAUGCAAAUAUUGCCAAGUAAAGAUGGGAAGUUUGAUGUGGACAGAAGGAUUUUAGUGGAUCAGAAGUUCAACACUCAGGAAACUGGAAAUGAAGACGCAGUCUUGACGGGGAGUAAUCCCAGUGUGAAGAGUAAUUCUGGAAGGGAAACUAAUUGCAUGUAUGCUGUAUUUUCUGAUUGCUAUAAUUCAUUAGGAUUAAUUCAUCCAAUUUUGCAGGAGUGCUUUCUGGACCUUGCUGCUUUUCCAGAAGAAGAAUGGUUAAGCUUGUCAAUGUUGGAGGAGUUAUGGCUGGCUUUCAGCCAUGGGCUCAGCCAUGAAGAGAUUGUGGUCAUCCUUAGUAUUUUGGUAUGCAGAUCGAUGGUAGACUGGAGGCUGAAUAUACCUGAUAGCUGUAAUCAGGAUCUUAAGAUAGAGUUCAAACUCCCUGGGGUGUUACACAAUAUGGCCUCAAGAAUGAUUAAUCUAGGUAUCCAAUUGGACCCACGGAAGAAACACUGUAAUUCUCAUAUGACUUCCCCAGAGCAUUCCAACAAGGGAAAAGAGAUAGAAUGCAGGAAUAUUUCAUCAAAAUACUUUGGACACAUGAAGAGGAUAUUUGGUUUUGGUAAUGCAUAUGUAAAAUGUGCUCAGGAGGACAUCGAUAUUAAGUCAGGUGAGAUAGUCAAGCAGAAGUUAGGAAAUGAUAAUCUGUCAGGGGCGAUAGAUUUUGAAAGCUUUCCAAUUUUUCCAAAUGAAGGAAAUGAUUCAAGAAACGUUGGCAGGGAUUGUUGGGCCAACCGUUUCCAUCAGGAGCAUCGUUUGUUUGUGCCAGGCUGCAAUGUGAAAUCUGCACAAGGAGGUUUAUUAGAUGAGAGUUUGUUAAGCAGGGCCACAAAGAUCUCUCUUUGCAAUAGCAAUUUUGAGGAGCUCCCAUCUUCUUUCAGCUGUCCAUUUCUUCAUGUUGGGCUCUUUUCUGGGAAUGCACAAUUAUCAUUCCUUCCCUCUUCUGUUCUGAGGAAUUUGACUCAACUUCAAGUUCUUGAUUUGAGAAGCUGUGUGUCUCUUACACACCUUCCAAAAGCAGUAUCUGCUCUUAAAUCACUCCAGCUGCUUGAUCUCAGCUUUUGCACAUCACUUCGAUCAUUGCCAUCGUCGAUUGGCCAUCUGAAAAAAUUAAAGUUUCUCAGGCUUUUUGGAUGCACAUCUUUAACCUGUCUUCCAAAAUCUACUGGCUUACUAAAAGAUCUGGAAACGAUGCAGCUUAGUGGUUGUAUAAAGCUCAAAACCCUACCAUCCACACUAGGGAGAAUGCAUGUACUCAAGAUUCUUGAUUUGAAAGGAUGCUUGUCUUUACACUCCUUACCUCUAUCAGUUGGUUUUCUCAGAGAGCUUCAUGUAUUAGAUUUGAGUGAAUGUAGCAAACUCUCUUAUACACUUCCGUACUAUGCACAAUUAUUACUUCUUAUGAUAGGAAUCCAGAAAAUAGGAAGCAUGGCAGUUCCAACUGCACUAUGGAAUUGUAGUCAAAUUGAGGUCCUUCGAUUGGCAUCACUUAAGAACUUGACUUUUCUACCGCAUUCAAUAUGCAGAUUGCAGCACAUACGCCACCUUGAUCUUUCCAACUGCAGGAGAUUGGAUAUCUUACCAGAGCAGAUUGGUAACCUCUGCCUGUUGCAAGAACUUGAUCUGAGUCACACUGCCAUUAGAAAGCUCCCAGAUUCAGUUGGUAAGCUGGGCAACUUACUCCGCCUUGGUCUUCAAGGCUGCUCCAGGUUAUUAUGUAUACCUAAUUCCAUAAGUCAACUGCCAAAACUGAGGUGCCUAGACAUGUCAGAGUGCUGGGAUCUUGUUCUUCUUCCCAGUUCCAUUGGAAAUCCAAAUUCUCUAGUUGAACUUGUGGAGCUCAAUUUAGCAUAUUGUGGUUUCAAAUCACUGCCAGCCUUCUCGUGGCAUGCCCUCCCAAAGUUGAAGCACUUGAAACUUUUUGGAUGUCAUAUUCUUAGCACCCUUCCCCCUACAAUGGAAAAACUAGCUUCACUGGAGAAGGUGGAUUUGGAAGGUUGCUCUGCUCUGACAUCCCUGAUAGGCAUUGGGUUGGGCAAACUGGAGAAGCUAGAAUGGCUGAGCCUAAGAAACUGCACCUGUCUUACUUCCAUUCCAACCGAGGAGAUUGUUGAGUUGAAAUCUCUAAGCUAUUUGGAUGUUAGUGGUUGCACAGGAUUGUCCCCACUUCCGCAAACACUCUUAGAUCAUGCUGGUGAAGGCAACCUAACAUUAAUCCGAUGGGGAUCUGUGUGGCCAUAGCAAAGGGAAUCAGUUCAGCAUUGCCCAAUACAUGGAGCUUAAGCAUGUAAUGUGGUGGGAUACACGCACACAACAACUCAGAAGAAUCCAUACGAGAAUUCAAAUAAUUGGAAAUAGGGACAUGAUAGAAAUAGAGAAUCACCAAAUAAUAGAUCACAAUGAUCUGUGUCAACUGAAGCUGGAUUUCCAAAGAUUCAUAGGUUUUAAUUUAUUUAAUUCAAUGCAGUCAACAGAAGCUGACUGGUUGAUGUGGUUUUUAAUAGGGACAUGGUUCAAUUUAAUACAAGUCAACAGAAGUUGACUGCUUGAUUUGGCUGUUUAGGGGAUUGAUUUAAUUUUACGCAAUGCAGUCAAGAGAAGUUGACUGGUUCAUGUGGUAUUCAAAAAUGUUUUGGUUUAUUUUAAUGCUAUUCAGUCAACAGAAGUUGACUGGUUCUUGGGGUAUUCAUAGAUUACUGACAAUAGGAAUUUGAAGGUCUGGAAAGUGCUAUAUAAUAUUAUUUUUGGCUA